UAGGUCAUGGUUUACACUGUAGUCGAAAACACAACAAAAAAACAAAGGAAGUCAUGGUCGGCCUUGCUUGGCUAAAUAGGGCAAGCAAUUUACUACAACACAAUACAAUAGCACAAUCCAAUGCAGUAGUAACACUCUGGUUUUAAAUCAUUCUAUUGGAAUUUAUUUUUAGAACAAAAUUGUAAUCUAUGGCCUGCAGUGCACCACCAAAUUUCAGCUGGGUUGUAGCAAACCGACUAGCUGCCCAUGCUCUUCCAGAGACCAAGCAACACCUGCAGUAUCUGUUCAACAUCGGUGUUUGUCAUUUAGUUACCCUGAUGAGUGAGGGCAUUACUCCACCCAUUGAGACCGUACCAGAAUUGAAAUGGACGAGGAUUCCAAUUGAAGAUUUCACCCCACCAUCUAUAUCUCAAAUUGAAACAUUUGUUGAUAUCAUUGAUUCAGCAUCUGGUGUUGGUGAAGCUGUUUCGGUUCACUGUUUCCGUGGAAGGGGAAGAACCGGAACAAUGCUGGCUAGUUACCUUGUCAAGGCUGAAGGCAUCUCAGCGAAUGAUGCUAUCAAAAAGGUGCGGAUGAUGAGACCAGGAUCAAUAGAAACUGCAAGUCAAGAGGACGUAGUUGUGAAGUAUUCAGAGUUCCUCAAAUCUAAAAAUCAUACAAGGCUUUCAGAUUCCAGAGAUAAGGUUCCUCCAUACUUCUCAUGGGUUGUUCCUAGCCUCCUUGCAGCACAUGCCUUCCCAUCGGAACCUUCACACCUGAGAUACCUGAGUUCUGUCGGUAUACAUCACAUGAUCUCGGUAGCCACCGAGCAGCGGCCAGAUAUAGAACAGUGUCCAGGUAUGCAGUGGACGUCAAUUGGAGUGGACGAUUUUGAAGCACCAAAUUUAGACCAAGUUAAACAGUUUAUAGAUAUUGUUGAAGAUGCUCAACAAAAGCAAGAGGUCUUGUCCGUCCAUUGUCAACGUGGCUGUGGAAGGACCGGUUCUUUACUUGCUUGCUAUUUCGUUAAGACAUAUUGCCUGAGACCUGAAAAAGCGAUUGAGAAAAUACGAGAAUUACGACAUGGGUCAAUAGAAACUGAUGAACAGCAAAAAAUAGUCCAUGAAUACUUUGAACAGCUGAAUGAUUGACAUCUAGGCUAAUAAUAACCAAUUACAACAGAGACUUGGCAGGAUAUUUUUUUUUUAUUUUUUAUUGGCAAAACAAUUGUUAUACUGGAUCAACAUUUAGUUUUUAUGGUUACUGCUUUUUUUUUUACCUUCAUUGUAGGUUACAGGGUUUUUUAAUGCACAUGUAAAGAAAUGAACAUUAAUUUAUAGUUUAGGUUUCUUUUU